UCUCGUUCUCACGGGCCGGCCUCUUUCCCCCUUUUCUGCUGCCAACCGCGUGGUUGGCGCUAGGUACAAAUGGGGGACUUGGAAGUUCUCGGAAAGGGCGGCUCGCGUGUCGCCGAUGGUGGUUGUUGUACACGGUAAAAAAAAGAAACACGCCACGGGAGAUGCGGGAUCCUGCAGGGGAAAUCGGCUGGGUCGUUACAGUUGGAGAGCCCACUUUCACGCCACUAAGCGGAGAAGUCGCGCGUGUUUUGGAGGGCGAGAAGAACAAGGAAGGAAACAACCCAUUGGUCAUGGAGGCAAUUCAUCUAGAUGAACAACCUCCCUUGAAUGCUGAAAACUUAUUUAAAAAACAUGAGAGCAACAAGAAAGGAGCACUUACAGAUAUUGAAAAGCUUUAUCAAGCAGUACCUCAGCUUUCAAAUGUGUUCAGAAUCAAAGGGAAAAUUGGUGAAGGAACAUUUAGUUCUGUUUACUUGGCAGUAGGCCAGGUACGAGGAGGCCGUGAAGAAAAAGUGGCUUUGAAACACUUGAUUCCUACCAGUCAUCCUGUACGAAUUGCUGCUGAACUUCAGUGCUUUAUAAUAGCAGGGGGGCAAGAUAAUGUCAUGGGAGUUAAAUAUUGUUUUAGAAAAAAUGAUCACGUGGUAAUUGUUAUGCCUUAUCUGGAACAUGAAUCAUUUUCGGACAUCUUGGAUUCUCUCUCAUUUGAUGAAGUUAGAAACUACACAUUUAACCUCUUGAAAGCUUUGAAGCGCAUUCAUCACUUUGGUAUCGUUCACCGUGAUGUCAAGCCCAGUAAUUUUCUGUACAACAGGCAACUGCAACAAUAUGCAUUGGUUGACUUUGGCUUGGCACAAGGAACUCCUGAGACAAAAGUGGAACUUCUCAAAGUUAUACCAUCCGAAGCUCAGCAAAGAGGUUCUGGAUACAACAAACCUUUGAUAACUGUGGGAAGCCAAAUUGCUUCCCCAACAUCAAGGCAGCUCAUUCAUCAGUCAGCCACCAAAACAGCGAAUAAAAGGGUUUCUUCCAUUUCACAAACGCAGAUUAAACAAGGACACAAAAGAAAGGAGGAUCCAGACUGUCAUUCUGUUCAGCGUUCGGUUUUUGGGGAGAGAAAUUUCAAUGUGCGAAGCUCAGCAUUUCAAGCCCGUUCCACAGUUAAACAACCCAGGAUAAUGGAUAUUCCAAUGAGGAAACUGUCGGUGAAGAAGAAGACAGCUUCAGUUGUAAAUAAUGGUUUAGGCAAGAAAGCUGCCAGCAGCACCCCAGCUCACUCGACCUGUGACUGUUACGCAAAAGAUAGCGUCUGCACCAUUUGUCUUUCAAGACGUCAGCAGGUUGCCCCAAGGGCAGGCACUCCUGGAUUCAGAGCACCAGAAGUAUUAACAAAGUGCCCUAAUCAAACUACAGCGAUUGACAUGUGGUCUGCAGGCAUUAUAUUUCUUUCUCUGCUGAGUGGUCGGUAUCCAUUUUACAAGGCCAGCGAUGAUUUAACAGCUUUGGCACAGAUCAUGACUAUUCGUGGCUCCAGAGAAACCAUUCAAGCUGCUAAAACAUUUGGUAAAUCAAUCCUGUGUAGCAAAGAAAUCCCAGCACAGGAUUUAAAGAAACUCUGUGAAAGGCUGAGAGGGAAAACUACCAGCUUUGACAAUUCAGCAGGUGAUGUACAAAUCAACCCUUCUCAGGAAUUUGCUUUACAAGUUGGAAUAGGCAACGCUUCAGAUUCCCCCCUUCAGACAUCCAAAAAGCACGUGCAAUAUCAAAAACAAAGCGGUCAUGAAGAUGGUGCUAAAGAAAAAAAAACUAUACAGAAACCGGCUGAACCCAAAGGAUGGGACAGAGUUCCUAAUAGCGCCUAUGAUCUCCUUGAUAAACUAUUGGACUUAAAUCCUGCUACAAGAAUUACUGCAAAGGAUGCUUUGCUGCAUCCUUUUUUCAGAAACAUGAAGCAAUAAAAAGACUUUUGACACUGUAUUGUGUGUGUGUUAAAGUACUAUUAGAGUCGGUCACUUUUUAAAGGAAACCAACAAUCCAAGAAACAUUAUUUACCGUGCAGUGUUGGUCUAGGUGCAAUUGAAGUAGUAAAUAUACUUCUGCUUUUCGGACAGGUUUUUAAACAAUUUCAAAGUGCAUUUGAUUAUUUCACCAUUAUGGUGUAUUCAGAAAUGGCAACAUGCAAUCUAUAUAAUGGGAUUGAAAUCUGAGGAGGGUAGCUUUCUGCUGCGUCCUUGGGUUUUAGCAAUCCUGUUAUAUUAUGCAGCUUCCUAAUAUUUGGUUAAAUUUGGCUGGACAGAUAUGGUAAAUGAAUUAUUCUGGUAGGCAAUGAAUUAAAUGUUGAUAUAUUUUUAAUUUCACAGAUCUGGGCGGGAUUGAUUUUUGUGAUUUGUAACUUCUGCUAGUUGUUGACAAAUGCUUAACGUUUGUUUCUAGCAGAAGAAAAGUAACCUUCAUUUUAGAUGUAAUGUAAGAUACAUGUAAAUGUAGCUCCUUUGACAGAAUUGUUGGUGGGGAAUUCUGACAGUUUAAUCUUAAUAUGAUAAAGGAUGUAUAUUGUUAAAAGCUAACUUAAGGCAUUGCUCAAGAAUUUAUAUUUUAUGACUAGGAAAGAGUAUUGAGAACACUGACUCUGAGGACCUGGAACUUUUUCUUCUUAAGAGCAUAUGAUAUCAUUUACUUUCUUUUUCAUAUACCUUUGGAACUGUUAUCUUUUCAUUGUAUAAACUGUAUAAUAUUAUUUUCUUGUAAAAACAAUGUACAGACACAGCAUUAGCUUAUUGAUUAAUAUGUACAACUGUAUUAUAAUUUUGUGAUGAAUUUAUUAGAAUGAACGAAAUGGAAUAUUUUUUUAAUAAAAAAAUAAAAGCCAUUAUAUAAAACAUAA